AAGCCAAAAUAAGAGCGGAGCGCCGAGGAGUGACUCUCCGGAGCCAGCCCCGCCAGGAGGAGGAGGAAGAGCAGGAGGAGGAGGACGGGGACAGGGACGGGCUCGGCGCCGCUGUCCGGUGCCGGGCGAGCCCCGCGGGGGCGACCCUCGCCCCCUCGCCCCCUGCCCGCCUCCCGGGGGCCCUGCGCGGCGGCGCGGGGCUCGCAUGGCUCGGGCGCUGCCGGGGCCCGGCGCGGAGCCCGACCCCGGCCCCGGCGGCUCGGGGGGGCGCGGGGGGAGGAGAGCUCCCUGCGGGCGGCGGCGGCGGCGCUAGCGGGGGGGCCGGGGCGGCUGAGCCCUCCCCCUGGGCGCCGGGGUGCGCUCCCCGGCAUGUGCUGAAGUGCCCCGCAGAAGCCGCACAAGUUGCAGGAGCGGCUCCGGCGGCCGGACGGCGGCGAGAGCCCGCGGCCGCCCCCUACCCCGCUGCCGACCCCGUCCCGUCCCCUCCCCAUCCCCGUCCGGGGGUCAUUUCCCGGCGGGGCUGCCGGCGGCGAGGGUGAUGCGGCUCCUCGGGGAGGGGGUGAGGGAGUGAGCGAGAGGCGGUGCGCACCCCCCCCCUCCGGGCCGAGAACCCCCCCCUCCCGCCCCGGGCCGAGGAGCCCCCCCACCUCGGAGCCUCCCAUGCCUUCGGGGCCCCCUCGGGGGGCGGCGGCCCCGCGGGAGGCGGGGGCGGCGCUGCCGUGAUGGCCCUGGAGGAGAAGCGGGAGAAGCGGCCGCCCGUCACCCCCAUGAUGAUCGAGGAGGAGGCCGCCCUGCGGAACGGCAGCCGGGGGCUGCCGCCGGGCCCCUGGGCCGAGGCUGCGGGGCCGAGACCCCGCACGACGGAGCGGCACAUCGCCGUGCACAAGCGCCUGGUGCUGGGCUUCGCCGUCUCCAUCCUGGCGCUGCUGGCCGUGACCAUGGUGGCCGUGCUGCUCAGCGUCCGCUUCGAGGAGUGCGGCGCCGCCGCCGACGGCCCGCCGCGGGUCGGCGGCAACGGGAGCCUGGCCGGGGGGGCCCGCCCGCCGCCCCGAGCCGGGCAGCCCCCCGGCCGGCCCGAGCCCGAGGAGCAGGCGCGGGGCGGGGAGGCGACGGCGGCGGCGGCGGAGGAGGAGGAGGAGGAGGAGGAAGAGGAGGAGGAGGAGUGGCAGCGGCGGCGGCUGCUGCCUCCCUGGGCCCGGCCGCGGCUGCCGCGGCACCUGCGGCCGCUGCACUACAACCUGAUGCUGAGCGCCUUCAUGGAGAACUUCACCUUCUGCGGGGAGGUGAACGUGCAGCUGGAGGUGCGCAACGCCAGCCGCUACAUCGUGCUGCACGCCCACCGCAUGCACAUCGAGGCGGUCCGCGUGGCCGAGGACAAGCUGGCCGGCGCCGUGCGGGUGGCCCGCUCCUUCCUCUACCCCCAGACCCAGGUCCUCGUCGUCGUCCUCAACCGCAGCCUGGAGGUGCAGCGGAGUUACAACCUCAAGAUCAUCUACAACGCCCUCAUCGAGAACGAGCUGCUCGGUUUCUUCCGCAGCUCCUACGUCCUGCACGGCGAGAGGAGGUUUCUUGGUGUUACGCAGUUUUCUCCUACUCAUGCCAGAAAAGCCUUUCCUUGCUUCGAUGAGCCCAUCUACAAGGCCACUUUCAAAAUCAGCAUCAGGCAUCAAGCAACUUAUAUAUCUUUGUCCAACAUGCCAGUUGAAACUUCUGUUUUUGAAGAAGAUGGAUGGGUUACAGAUCACUUUUCGCAGACCCCUCUCAUGUCCACGUAUUACCUAGCCUGGGCAGUGUGCAAUUUUACGUACCGGGAAACUGUCACCAAGAGUGGAGUAGUUGUACGAUUGUAUGCAAGGCCUGAUGCAAUCCGAAGAGGAUCAGGGGACUAUGCUCUAAAUAUUACAAGAAGACUAAUUGAAUUUUAUGAAGAUUAUUUUAAAGUGCCCUAUUCCCUGCCAAAAUUAGAUCUGUUAGCUGUGCCUAAACAUCCAUAUGCUGCUAUGGAGAACUGGGGACUGAGUGUUUUUGUGGAACAAAGGAUACUGCUAGAUCCAAGCAUUUCUUCUAUAUCAUACCUGCUGGAUGUCACCAUGGUCAUUGUACAUGAGCUAUGUCAUCAGUGGUUUGGUGACCUUGUGACUCCAGUUUGGUGGGAGGAUGUGUGGUUGAAAGAGGGUUUUGCUCACUAUUUUGAAUUUGUCGGGACAGACUACCUCUACCCAGGAUGGAACAUGGAAAAGCAGAGAUUUCUGACAGAUGUCCUACAUGAAGUGAUGUUGCUGGAUGGUUUGGCCAGUUCACAUCCAGUAUCCCAGGAGGUGCAGCAAGCCACAGACAUUGACAGGGUGUUUGACUGGAUUGCAUAUAAAAAGGGUGCAGCUUUAAUUCGAAUGUUGGCUAAUUUUAUGGGUCACUCUGUGUUUCAAAUGGGUUUACAAGACUAUUUAACCAUUCACAAGUAUGGCAAUGCAGCCAGAAAUGAUCUCUGGAACACAUUGUCAAAGGCUUUAAAAAGGGUUGGAAAAUCUGUAAAUAUCCAAGAAGUAAUGGAUCAGUGGACACUACAGAUGGGUUAUCCUGUUAUCACUAUCUUGGGAAAUGAAACUACGGACAAUGUCAUAGUAAUCUCCCAAGAGCGUUUUGUUUAUGAUAGUGAUGCUAAAACCAAGGAUCCUGACUUUGGAGACAACAGCUACUUGUGGCAGAUUCCAUUAACAAUUGCAGUAGGAAAUACGAGCCACAUCUCAUCAGAGGCAAUUAUAUGGGUGUCUAACAAAUCAGAACACCACAGAAUUCCUGCUUUGGAAGAGGCAAGUUGGUUGCUGGGGAACAUCAACCAGACCGGCUACUUUAGAGUUAAUUAUGAUGUUAGGAAUUGGAGGCUGCUAAUUAAUCAGCUAACAAGGAACCAUGAGGUUAUCUCUGUCAGUAAUCGAGCAGGCUUGAUCGAUGAUGCAUUCAAUCUAGCCAGAGCUGGUUAUUUGCCUCAGAAUAUUCCUUUGGAGAUUAUCAGAUACCUUUCAGAGGAGAAGGAUUUUCUGCCUUGGCAUGCUGCCAGCCGAGCUCUUUAUCCUCUAGAUAAAUUACUGGACCGCACAGAAAGCUACAACAUCUUCAAUGAGUACAUUUUAAGACAAGUUGCUUCAAUGUAUCUCAAGCUUGGAUGGCCAACGAAUAAUUUAAACAAAUCGCUUGUUCAAGCAUCCUACCAACAUGAAGAGUUGCGUCGGGAGGUCAUCAUGUUGGCCUGCAGCUUCGGUAACAAACACUGUCACCAGCAGGCUGCAACGUUAAUCUCCGAUUGGAUUUCUAGCAAUAGAAACCGAAUCCCACUUAAUGUGAGAGACAUUGUCUACUGUACAGGAGUUUCACUGAUGGAUGAAGAUGUAUGGGAAUUCAUUUGGAUGAAAUUUCAUUCUACCAUAGCAGUGUCUGAGAAAAAAAUAUUAUUAGAAGCCUUAACUUGCAGUGAUGACAGAAAUUUGCUCAAUAGGCUUUUGAAUUUGUCUCUCAACUCAGAAGUUGUCCUGGAUCAGGAUGCAAUUGAUGUGAUAAUCCAUGUAGCUCGAAAUCCACAUGGAAGGGAUCUUGCUUGGAAGUUUUUCAGAGAAAAAUGGAAAAUAUUAAAUGCCAGGUAUGGAGAAGCAUUAUUUAUGAAUUCGAAGCUUAUCAGUGGGGUCACAGAAUUCCUUAAUACUGAAGAAGAACUAAGAGAGCUAAAGAACUUUAUAAAGAGUUAUGAAGAGGGAACUGCUGCCUCUUUCUCUCGUGCUGUGGAAACAGUGGAAGCCAACGUACGGUGGCAAAGGCUUUAUAAGGAAGAACUAUUCCAGUGGCUAAGAAAAUCCUUGACACACUAAUCUGUCUUUCCAACUGAACUUUUAACCUGAAGCUCUGCAAAAGGAAAAGAAAUUUUAGAAAUGUUCAGCAUUAAAAUCAUGAAGACAAGAUCAGAUUCCAGGGAGAAGUUUUCUAUUUCCUUUUUCUUAAUUGUGUUUUGUUUGUUGGUUUUUGAUUUGUUUUGUUUUACACUGGGUUCUUGUGAAAUUGUCAAGAAGCUUUUCAGAAGAGAAGGUCAUGAAUGCUUGUGAAAUCCAGUCCUCAGUGUACACAACCAAACAUGAUAUUAAGUGGUGCAUGUAAAUGGUGAAGAAAAACUAACAAACAAAAAAAACCUUCAAAGACUGCUUUGUGCAUGCUUGUAUUGUCCCUGCCUGUAUUCUAGCAUGCUUAUGUAUAACAGCCACAUUUUGUAUGUGAAUUCCAGUUACAUCAACAAUGGGCAUUAUACAAAGCACAAAGACUAUCUACGACAAUCAAUGUUGCAACGAACAAAAGGAAGGAAAGGAAAAGGAAAUGCAGAAGGCUUCCAACUUUGGGCAGUAUGAGAUAUAAAGUUGUCUUUCCCAUUAGCUGCCAAUUAGUCCACAACUGAGAUUGUCUUUUAAUGAUUACAAGGGUGCCAGCUCAUUUUCUGAGUUGCCAUUUGUCAUGUAUGUAUCUGCAAUCUCCAUAUUCCUAUAUUUAAAUUAGCAUUUUGUGGGAGGAGAGAUUGAAAAUGAGAAUAAGAGAGGACAUCAUUGAUGCACUAUAAUUAUAUAAAUUUAUUCACUGCUGAUCAGUGAAACCAUGUAGUUUUAGUUGUGAACAUAUGCAGUGUUUAUGAGG